CUAUAUAUCAAUCUCAACUUUCUCUUGAGUUCUAUUCAUAGAUAUUAACUUUACUACUUUUACACUAGAGUGGGAAAGUAAUAACUAUUCAAAAGUUUCCCUCACAGUUUCCUUAUUUACUAAAAAAGUUUCAUCUUUCAUGCUUUUCAUUUGUUUAAAAAACAAAACGUCACUAUUUGUCUAGAUAACCAAUUCAAUCCCUCAGUCAUCUGUCAUUUAUUAAUUACCACGUUUUUAAUCCUAUAUAUUUCUACAGCCAGAGAAUGUUUGCUCCAAGAAUAAGUGUCGUGAAUUCUACUAUCAGCGGUGGUAGCAGCCGCAGUCCUACAGAUAACAGUUCUUCACAGGGCGGCUCACGAGGUAGCACUUCCAUCGAAAGUGACGAUGACAGACACAGACAAUCCACCAUGGACUACAGAAAACGCGGCAUUUGGUUUGGAUUGAACGAACACAUCAUCGUCACAAUGGCGUCGAGCAUGGGCAUCUUACAAUACAGCAAUUACGCGCUAGUAAACAUCAAAGACAGUGGCACAAUACUGCAAGUAUUUGCAGCGUAUGUCAUUGUAGGAAUCCCCGCUAGUUACAUGCAAAUGGUCCUCGGUCAAUUCACACACCUUGGCGUAUUUCUCCUUAAACGCAUGGUGCCAGUCGCAGAUGGCGCUGGCUUCUCAUACUGCAUCACCAUCUUCUUUCACAGCAUGCUCUCAGUCCUCCAAAUGCAGAAUAUCGUGCUGUAUCUUGUCAUUGCGUGUGUUCCGGGAGACCUUCAAUGGAGUAUAUGUGGCGCCCCCAAUUGUUGGGAAGUGGGAACACCAUGCAAUAAAACUGCACCGUGCGUAGAUGAACAGACACAUGUGGCUGCCUACGUCUUCUGGAAUGAGACAAUCAUGUUGGGACAUUCAACGCCAGAAGAACGUCACCUGGACUUCCCCGACAAGGAAGCAGUCUUCACCUCGUUAUCCCUCUGGAUAAUCAUUUAUCUUUUAUCAUUAGUAUCACUCCUCCGAUUGAAAAAAUUCGUCCGCAGGAUGACUGUGGUGCAUUUAAUCAUCAAAGGAUGCACGACGUUUGGUCUCCUCUUGAAAGCAGGCGUUGUACGUGCGUUUACCCAGCUAACAAUGCAAUCAAUUGUAAAUCUGAACAACAUCUCCGCAUGGCGUGAAGCUGUCAUCCGGGUGGUGAUAACAAUGACGCUCGGGGACUUCUCGCACGUGAUGCUGGGUGCCCUUGGGUCCGACAUGACGAAAAUCGGCUCGGUUUCAUUCUUAUCGGGGUUUUUAUCGUUCAGUUCGCUGUGUAUGGAUGAAAUAAUGGUGAAUUCCGCUACGAUCGCCCUCUGUCAACAGUUGAAUCUACCACAGAGUCAAAGGUAUCUUCUGUUUUCCCCGCCAAAUGCCCCGAUGCAUUUGACGAUGAUCCCGACCACUUUUGAAAUCCUGCCGUAUCCAAGACUAUGGAAUUUGUUGUAUUUUGGUAAUAAGAUGAUGGCGAUCCUGUUUCGCAUCAUAUUGAAUAUUCAUUUCUUGCUGGAGGCAGUCACACAUCGUUUUCCUACGUUGAGUUCGUAUAAAAAAUACACUUCGCCUAUUUUCUGCGCGUUGGCAUGGAGUAUUGGUAUUGUCCUUCAGGGACAUCCAGCGUAUGAAAUCCGUGUGAACUUCCAGAGGGUCACUAUCUUUUUAUGUCAGUAUUUUAAUGUUUUCUUCUUUGCUGCGAUGGUUAGUUAUGUCUACGGCGUGCGGCGUUUCUGUGAUGAUAUACAUUUCCUCCGAAAAUCACCGCCGAAUCUCUACUGGAUGAUCACCUGGAUGCUUUUGCCGAUUUUUCUCUUGGUUACUAUAAGCGCAGAGUAUUUACACAAGAAUAACAUGUUCUUUAAUGAGUGUCUCAUUGAGAUGGUAUUGAUGUUCUCGCCGUAUUUGGUGUUGACUAGUUAUGAGACGAUUAAGAAGAUUAUCGAACGCAAGACUAUUACGUUGAUUACGCCGGAAGCAAAGUGGGGACCACGUGAGGCUGAGCGGAGAAUACGACGAAGGCAGUUUAAUCCUAGGAAAGCUACGAGGUACAUGAUGGAAUCGAUGCAUUGUCAUCAUAUUUGUAUUAUUGAUAGCAAGCUCUUGAAGGCGAUGGUGACGAAGGAAGCGCAGGUUAUGGCGAGGAUUGGUGGACAGAACAGGACAGAAAUGAAGGCUGGGAGGCGGUCAAGAAGAUCCAGCACGGAAUUAAUCAAGCCUAGGUUCUCGCAGCUUUCAUUUUGAAAAGAAAACAAAAUGGUUUUGGUUUACACGCGCCCUCUAUUAACAGUAUUUUAAACUAACAUUUUAAAACUUUUACAGAACUAAAUAAUUUAUAAUUAAAUCACUGAUCUGAA